UACACUUGUAUAGUCAAAACUUUCACGUUUAUGACACGUAUAGCCAACUUUUAACGAAAUACCACUUAUAUCCACUUCCGUCCAAUUCUUUGACGGUGUCAUCUAACGGAUUGAGUGAACUAACCGAAAUGAUGAUGUGGCAACUAAUAAUACUUAUGUGGAAUUUCUUUAAUAUUAAUUAAUGUUAAAUAAAAUAUUAAUACGAAUAAACCAAAAAAAAUCUCACGCUUCUUCUCCCUAUCCCUAAUCUCCGCUUCUUCUCCUCAAGCAACCCACCAACCGCUCACUCCUUCCGCCGGCCAACCUACAUCCGCUGCACACCGCUGCUCGUCACCACCACCGUCGCCGUAGCUUACCCUGAUUCCAUGGAUUCUUUGGCUCCAUCAUCGCCUCCGUCCUCUUCCUCCACCAUCACAUCGCCUUCAUUCUCUCCAGAUCCCAUCUCCUUCUUCUCCUCAUCUAACGAGCCGAACGUCGUUGCAAGUGCUUACGGGGCUGGACAAGAAAGGCUCGUAGAGAAGAAGCUCUCCAUCUCUCCACCAACCAGCCGACCGCUGAACCAGCAUCUCUUCCCUGCACAAUCCGCCCCCAAUAUAACUUGCACAAUCGACGGCCCCAACACAAAUUUUCAAUUAGGGUACUAGGUUGUUGUCUGAGAAGAUCUAGAGAAGUUGGCGAUUUGCAAGAAGGCAACGCCGGCGAGGACGACGAGGGGCGAGGACGACGAGGAGCUCGGUUCGGUGGUUGAAGAGAAUCUCGAACCCGACUGAAACCGACCACAGCAGCAGAGUGCCCAAGAAGAACUUUCCAAUCUUGCUGUCGAUUUGGUUCUGGACCAGCCUUGCCAUUCCUGUUUUCGAAUUUGGUUUUCUGCUUCUGUGCAAAAGAGAGUUCGGUUGUCGGCUGGAUCUUAUGUUUCCCUUUAUUCUCGGAGAUGUUGGCGUGGCGAUGUUGGCGAGGAGCCGAGGCCGGGUAUUGGGUCUCUUUUCAUUGGCAAACUGUUGCAGGGGGAUUUGCGGUGGAGGAGGAAGCAAGGAUUUGCGAGAAGAGGAGUAAUCACCGAAUAGUUCAGAAAGUAGAAGAAGAUUGGUGGGUAAUGGGGAGGAGUAAUAGACGAAUGUGGAAGAUGAUUUGUGGGGAAUAAGAAAUUUGGGGAAGAACCCUAAUUUCGAUUCCGGCCAAAAGUUGGGGAACAAGGAUCGCGGCUCGUGCAAAUCAGGUGGGAAUAUAAGGGAAUAUUUUUUAUAUAGAAUUUUUAUUUGUUUAAAUAAUAAGUAAUUUAAAAAUCUGAAGUGUCAUUAUUUGCUUAGUUGUCGCUGACGUGUCCGCUGAAUUGGCGCCUCGUCAGCCGACCGUCAAAUAAGUUGACGGUGUGAUUAACACCGUUAUAGUUUCUAACGGAAAUAGCUAUAUCUGGCAUACAACAUCUUUCAAAAGUGUCUAUAAGUGGUAUUUCGCCAAAAAUGGCUAUAAGUGGCACAACGUGAAAGUUUUGGCUACACAAGUGUAUUUUGUCUAUUUUUUAGAGCAACAAAUUUUCAGGCCAUAAAAAUUCAUAUCAUGAGCUCAUAUCAAGUUCACGCCAUUCAUAUCAAGAUCAUAUAAGUUCUUUGCAUUGUCCAUGAAACCAUACCGGAAAAGUAAGCGAUAUGGUAUUUUAUGACAAAACUGUGGUUUAACCGUAGUUCAAAGUUCAUACCGUUAAAUACUGCCUACCGAUUUAGCCUCCGAUACUGGUAUUUUGUGGUUGAACCGCCGACGAUUUCACGGACCACUUGUAUCAAUUUAGUCUCCGAUACUUGUAUUUUGUGGUUUACCAAAUACCCUUGUACAGAUUGUUGCAGUAGGAGAUGGAUCGAAAAUCUUUUAUAUUUUCUAUAGGAAGUCCACUGAUUUAUCCUUGACCCCAGAAUCCACUUCACCAAUGAGUUUUUGAUAAAAUUAAAAUGCCACCCGACCCAUUUCCUUCACAUUAGCACAUCAUUUCCCUAAGCAUCCUUAAGUUUGGUGAUAUACUGCUUGUUGUGAGUAUGAAUCAUUACUGCCUUGUGAAAGAAAUUAGUGAUAAUAUCCCCAUCUUGAAUCCAUUGUCUACGAGUGAAGACUUUUGUAUUUAUAAUGUUUAUCACUCUUAUAUUUGAUACAUUUUUUUCUUAUAUCAAUAUAUAUUUAAUGGUUUUAAUUAUAUUUUAAAUGAAAUUCAUAACUACUUGAUUUAUGAGUUUAUGAUAGACCUUGAGUGUGUUUUUGUACUAUUUUACGUCUUUUGGUGUUGUUUUAUGCUUUUAAGGGAGAUGAUGCACUCAAGACAAAUAUGGAUCACUAAGGGACCCAAUGGAUCAGAAGAAGGUCGAGGAUACAAGCUCAUGGCCUUAAACGAAGAUGGAUUCUGACACAUGAAGCUCAAGUCAUGGACCAUAUAAUAGUAUUUUGGCUCAAUGCGGAUAAUAUCGUGUAUAUAUAUAUGGGGAGUUUUACGGUACCCAGGGUGAAAUCCGGUGUACCGCAUACAUUGAGUAAGAAAACGCUAUCCAGAAC